UUUUUUUUCUUUGGGAAAAAAGUUAUUACAACGAAAUAUAAAGUUCUAUUUAUUAAGCAAUGUUCUAAACGAAUAAUACACUCAUGUACAUCUAUAUUAGUUUGAUGAUGAUUAAAAAAGAUAUGAAGAAAUACAUACUUGUAAAUAUAUAAAAAAAGGGUCCAUACGCGGAGUAUAAAUUUGACUGGUGGCAAAAAAAAAAAAAAAGAAAAAAAGCUUUUCAGUAACUCUUCAAAAAUAGAAAAAUUUAAAUUGAUAAAAAGCAAUGAAUUUAUUUGAUCAAGUAACAGAACAAUUAGCUAUAAUUGAUCUUAAGGACGACGAUAUUUCAGAAUACAUUACAGGCAUUAUUGAAGAUGCUUCAAUGGAAGAAACUGAAAAACGUGAAGUUAUCUCAGAAUUCCUCUCUGAAGCUACUGACAAAAAUACCGAAAAUUUGAUUACAAUACUUUUAAGUGACUGGAAAAAAGUACAAGAAAAGAAGACAAAAGAAGAAGAAGAAAAGAAAUCAAAACUUAUUGAAGAAGCACGAGCUCGUGAAGAGGAAAGACGUCUUAAAGCAGAAAAAGAACAAGAAGAAAAUGUAUCACUUCGUAUAGCUCAAAAGCAAUUAACAAAAGAGGAAAAACUAGAACGUGAAAAGUUAAUGGCACAAUAUGGUUAUGUUGCUGAAGGAGAUGAAGACGAUGAAAAGAAGGAAGAGGUCACUGAAUUAAGUCCUAGAGAUCGUCGUAGAGGAAAGACAUUACCACCUAAAGGUUCGAAUAGUUUUUUUUAA